AUGGGCGCGUGCAUGAGGGGUGGGGCAGGCAGAAGAGAGGCGAGGGCGAGGGGAGAGGAGGUGAGAGGGGGGAAGGAGGAGGAGGGGACUGAGGAAGAGGAUGGGGCAGGCGGGGAAGCAGGGCGAGCGCAGGAGGAGAGGGAGGGUGGCGCAACAGGUGGCAGGGCGCUUGUGCCUGCUGCAGGGGGCGCGCACUCACGUGCAGGGGAAGCAACGGGGGGAGCAGCGGAGGAGGGAGUGGGGAAAGCAGGAGGAGCAGCAGUUGAAGGAGGCGCAGAAGGGGAGGUGGAGAGUGCGGGGGUGCGGUGGGUGGUGGAGGCAUACGGUGCCAUGCUGCCCGCACUGCAUCGCAUGCUCUCCCACUCACACCCUCGCCUCGUGCUCGCUGCCCUCACCACCAUGCACCACCUCCUCACUCUCGACCCGCUACCAGCAGCCAGUCGCAUUGCGCGCAUGUCUCUGCCUGCCUUCGCCCGCCUGCUGCACGCACACCCCCUCCCUCUUCCGCUGCACGCCCCCUCCUUGCCUGGCGCUUCCCCUCCGCGUUCUCAGCGCUGUGCUUGCCUCUCCGCGGCCAUCCUUGUCCACCUCGCCGCCUCAUCCUCGCCGCGCCUCUCCGCCGUCCUCGCCCUCCCCCUUGUGCGCCUCUGGCUCUCCCACGCCGCUGCCACUGCUCAUGCCACUGCUCAUGCCACUGCUCAUGCCACUGCCACCGCCCAUGCCACGCCCACGGCUACUGCCACUGCCAGCAAUGGUGCUCUCGGUGGUGACAGCGGGGGGCGGGUGGGCACGCCCGGAGGCGAGGGUGCAGUGAGGGGGGGGGGUGCUGCGGGGGAGAGCACAGGGCAAGGGGAGCGAGCAGCGGGGCAAGGGGAGCGAGCAGCGGGGGUAAACGCAGCACACCCCACGCCCUGUGCCGGCCACCGCUUGCCUGUGUGCCGCCUCUCUCCGCAGCCUAACUGCCGUCUCUCCUGGCAGCAGCGGGCAGCGGCGCUGCUGCUGUGCCUGGCAGCGCGCUCCCUUGACCUGCUGCUCCUCGCCUCCUCCCCGCCCUCCCUCGCUCUGCUCGUCGCCGCCGUUGGGGGUGCCGGUGGUGGCGGUAAAGACACUGAAGGUGCAGGCAGUGGGGGCAGUGGGGGCAGUGGGAAAGGGGGAGGGAGAGUGCGGGAUGGCGAGAGGGAAGCAGCAGAGGGAGCAGGAGAGCUGCCAGUGCAGACAGGGAGGUGUGUAAGAGGUGGAUGGGGAGGCGCAGAGAGGGGGGAUGGAGUGCAUGACCCACAUGGCAGGGGCAGCAGCGAGUGCACCUGUGACUGCAUGUGCACGUGCACCUGCGUGGGUGCCUGUGCCACCGUGCGUGCAGCCCCACGGUCGUCCCACGGGGCGGUGGCAGCGGGGAGGGUGUGGGGAGCACACGCACUGGCAGGCAUGGCGGGGCAGCGGCGGGCGCGGAGGGGCAUUGUGCACGCGGGGGGCGUGCAGGCGCUGCUGGCGCUGCUGGGGGAUGCCCUGGCGGGGGAGAGGAGCCCUGGGGAGGGGUGGGUGGGGGAGGGUGGGGAGGAGCGGUUGCAGGGAGUGGGAAGGGGAGGAGCCGGUGAGAAGGGGGGAGAAGGGGGUUGGGGGGACGAGGAGCGAGGUGGAGAGGGCGAGUGGCAGCAGGUGGCGCGCGAGGUGCUGCUGCUGCUGGCGCGCUGUGGGCAUGGCAAGGAGGAGCGCGAUGAGGGGGGCGAUGGUGAGGGGGAGGGCGCGCGGGCAGUGGUGGAAGAGGUGGUGCGGGUGCUCAGAAGCACGGAGGGGCGGGUGGAGCGGACAGGAGGGAUGGAGCGGACAGGAGGGAUGGAGCGGACAGGAGGGAUGGAGCGGGUGGAACCAGGAGGGGAUGGGGAGAGGGGGAAGGAGCAUCAGCAGGGCAGGCACCAGCAGCAGGAGCAGGAGCGGCAGUGGUGGAGGGGGCAAGUGGGGGUGGUGCGGCAGCAGGCGGCAGUGGUGGAGGUGCUGUGUGAGGUGGCGGGCACUGCAGCCGGGCUGCACGCUGCCGUGGCUGGCGGGGCCGUGGCGGCUGUGAGUGGCAUGAUGGCCGUGCUGGCAGUGGCAGAGCGAAAGGGGCGCGAGGGGCUGCAGGGCGAGCAGGGGAGUGAGGGGCUGCACGGCGAGCAGGGGAACGGCGAGGAGGCGGAUGGCAGCAGGGGGGUGGCACCGGGGCCGUGCAAAGGGAGGCGUGCAGGUGAGGAGGAGGAGAGGGGUGAGGAGGGGGCCGUGUGGGUUGAGGGGGUGAAAGUGGAGGCAGGAGAUGGGGAGAGCAGGGGAGGGGGAGAGUGGAGGGCAGUGAUGAUGGGAGUGAAGGGCGAGGAGGAUACGGAGGAGGAGCAGGAGGAUGACGAUGAAGGAAGGGAGGAGGGAGAGGAUGGGUGGAGCGAGGAGAGUGAGGAGAGCGAGGAGGAUGAGACGCCUCUGUGGCAUCUAUGGCAGAUGCAUAUCGACGGGCAUGUGCAUGGGCAUGUGGAUGGGCAUGUGGAUGGGCAUGUGGAUGGGCAUGUGGAUGGGCAUGUGGAUGGGCAUGGUGAUACAGGUAGGCUUGCUGCGAUGGGCUCGGAUGGUGGGGCGAGUGCGAAUGACAGUGACAUGGAUGAAGGGGAGGAGGAGGAGGAGGAGGAGGAUGAGGAGGAUGAGGAGGAUGAAGAGGGUGAGGAGUGGGGAGGAGAGGGAGCUGGGGGGGCCGAUGGGGAGGGCGAGGAGGGGGGAGAAGAGGAGGGGUGGGGAGGGCAGCGCGGGGAGGCUGGGCGUUCACAGGUGCAGCUGAGGCUGCUGCAGACUCUGUUUGGUGGGGGAUUGGGCCGUGGGGCAUGGGCGAGUGAGAGCAGUAGUGAGGAUGAGGGUACUGAGGAGAGCGAGAGUGAGGAGAGUGAGAGUGGAGAGGGCGAGGAAGAGAGUGAGAGUGAGGAGAGUGAAGGGAGCGAUGAUGAGGCUAAGGAGCGUGAGGAGAUGGAGGGAGAUAUUGAGGGCGAGAGUAAGGAGAGUGAGGGCAAGAGGGAGGAUGUGAAUGACCAAGAGGGCGACCGUGAGAGUGGGGAGAGUGAGCGAGGGGGUGCGGACCUGAGUGAUGGGGAGGGCGGGGGCAUGGCAGGGGAGGGGAGUGGGGCGGGCGAGCACUGGGCGCGUGCUGCUGUGGAUGGCAGGCGGGGCGCUGGAGAGGAUGUGGUGGAUGUGGAGAUGGGAGGGGCGGGGGGGCGGGGGAUUGAUGGGCGAUGGUGGGCAGGUGGAGUGGAUGACGAGAGCAAGGCUGUGGAAUGCCGCAUUGAUGGUCCUGUUGGCGUUGAUGGCGCUGACGGUGCUCUGGCAGCAAACUCGGCGGCGGUGGUGGCAGCAGCACAGGGGGUUGAGCGGGAGAGAGUAGCGAUUGGCAGGGGCGAUGAUGGCAAGGGACAAGGGUGCGUGGCGGACGAGCGUGGUGUCAGUAGCUGUGGUGCGAGGUGCAGUGCGGUGGCCGUGCGGGAUGCACGUGAGGGGGAGGGCACAGAGAGCGGGCAUGUGAUGAGGCGGCAGGGCGGGGCAAAGCGCAAGGCCCAGGCAGAUGAGGGGGAGGAAGUGGGGCGUGAGGGAUGCAAGAGUGCUGCAGUGGCUGUGUGCUGGGAGAGGGGCAAGGAUAUGCCAGUGGAAGGGGAGGAGAGGUGUGGGGGGAACAUACGGGGGAAUGAGCGAGGGCUGGAAGAUGCGUGUGGAGGGGAGGGAGCAGCAGCAGCAGGUGCAUCAGCAUCACAGGCAGGGGCAGAGCAGGGUGGGUGGGAGAAGCAAGGGGCGUGGAGGGCAGAGGAAGUGGAGGCACUGAGGGAGGAGGGCCGGCGGGAGCAGCGCCUGCUGUGGCGGCGCUGUCUGCACCUGCUGGCGCUGCUCUCCUCCGAUUGGACGGCAUGCUCCCACGUGGUGCAUGUCGGCCUGCUGCCUGCCCUGCUGCAAGCCAUCGCCCGCCACCCCUGGCAGCGACACCCUGAGGUGGGCUCUGAGGGCACCGGGGGCACUGUGCUGAGCAGAGCCGGGGAGGGAGCGGCAGCGGUGGAGGUGGUGAGCAACGUGGUGAGGGUGCCGUGGCUGAGACACAGGGCUGCAGAGGCAGGCGUGCUGGCAGUCAUGCAGAGGGCAGCGAGACUCAUGCAGGGGCGGGGCGGGAUGGUGCAUGGUGAGGCGAGGAGGCAUGCGGUGCAGGCAGUGAUGCGGCUGUGCGAUGUCAAGUAUGCCGUGCAUGGCUGA